UAUUUAUUUAUGGCGUUUAGUACUCGAGUAUAUAUCUAUUAGACUUUUCCAAGUCAAACAGUCAACCACUUGUGCCGCGUUUAAUCCUCAAACCCCUUUUAUAUUAAGAAUUGAUAUCGAAUUUAUUUAUAUGCAUAGCAAACGGGAAAAAGUGAGUACGACACAUAAAACAAAACAAAAAACACGAUGAUGGGCUUGAGAAGAACACCGUUGGUUUUAUACAUUCUCUUCGUCUUUCAUCUUCAUCACGAUUUCACUUCCGUUAGCUCACGGUCUUACUCACUUGAUACGAACAAAGAGAGUCUUCAUGUAAAUGAGUCAAAACCAGUUGUUGAUGUGUUUGAAGGAAAGGCUCGAGAGUUAGCUUUCGUUAUCAAAAGAAGAGGCAUUGGAGGAGCUGGUGGAGGCGGCGGUAGCACCACGAGUGGAGGAGAUGGGGGCAGCAGUGGUAGCAGCACGAGUGGAGGAGGUGGUGGCGGCCAUAGCAGCGUGGAAGGAGGAGGUGUAAGCGGUCAAAGCUGGUCAAACGGCGGAGGACGUUUUGGUUCGAGUUAUGCUGGUCGUAACGGUACUCGUGGAUUGCAUCGUUCAAGCGGCAGACAGAAUAUUCGAGGGGCAGUAUGUGCGGCCGGUUGGUUGGGUUUAUCAAUUUUAGUCGGUUUAAUAUUGGCUUAGAAAGAUUUAUGUAUUGGUUCACCAUUUUAAUUUGGGGUGCAUAUGUGUUGAAGUCCGGUCUGGUUUGGUCUGAGAUUGAUUGGGGCUAAUGGUCAGUUGUUGUGUUUCGGUUGUUUACUAUGCUGUAUGCACGGUUUGUACAUUGUAAAUUAUAUUCAGUUAGUAUAUUUGUGAAAUUUCGUAAA